AUGACCAACAAAACGGAGUUUGCGGAAUAUGUGAUUAUGAUAAUAGUCAAUUUGGCUAAUGUCGGUCUUGUUUUGAUCAAGCUGACUGCUUCUGUUGUGAUGAUGGCGUUGGCAUUUGUCAACUUUAUUCAAAGUUUUGAUGCGCUCAUAACUGGAAAUUUGGAUCCUGAGUUUGGAGUACCUCAUGUCGUUGUUAUUGUUGUCAAUAUUGUAGUCAAGCUCUUACUGUUUUUCAUUUGUCUCAUUAAACGUGAGAAUAAUCAAAUCAGAGUUUUGAUGAGAGACCAGCUCACUGAUGUGCUUACUAACACUAUUGCUCUUAUUGCGGUCUGGAUAUCCAUGGUGUUCUGGAAAGAAUCUGACUUUAUCGGUGCCUCAAUAAUCUUUUUCCUAAUUGUGAGAAACUGGGCUCUAAUAGUCUCUGAGUCUUGGUUCAAACUUCAAGGAAUCAAAGGAGAUGACGAUGUCAAUGAGAAAAUUUUGUCAAAUAACUUGAAUCUAUUCACAGUCAUAGCCGGAUACAUCACUUAUCACAUUGGAAACAAAGCGAUUGUAGAGAUCUACUGCGAAAUCGAAAGCUUGCAACGCAGAGCAGAAAUUUACUCUAAGUUUGAAGACGAUGAGAUACAAGUGGUGUAUUUGUUGCCAAUUACGGAAUCAAAGAAUGUAAAUCUUCUCACUUUGAAGUCAUCCGAAGAAGACAAUUCAAAACCAGUUGAAACUGAAACAGCCGAGCUUCUGAAAAGGGUUUAA